CUGGAAUCAAGAAUACUACUUCAAUAACCAAUGAUUCGGCUACAAGAUAACACAAAUAGAAAUAUAUUGUUGUGAAGAACAGCUGUUAUUAUCCUACAUCAAGGUGGUGGUGACUUUCAGAUCGCAGAUCGCGCCAAACCUGGCCCCGCUCGGUGUCAACCUCAAUCGACCGAAGCUACACCAUCCAACAGCAUCACAACCACAUCCAACAUCCAAACUGCCAUUGAAACCAUCACCAACGCUUCCUCCACCCACAACGCACCCGUCCGCAUACCCCGUCGCACCACGUCCCCGGCAAGCACCCUUUCCAGUCCCGCUGUGCUACACAGGUCGCGCAGAUCGGUUCCCGACUUUCAACCGCAGUCUCCCCGCCACCAACCAGACGUCGAGACGACGACCUGACUUAUUACCCAGACCCUAACGCCCGAGAAGACGGAACCGAGAGGCGUUAUUGCGCGGAUAGAUAGCUGGCAACGGACCGGACGUUUAUUUCCAGCGAAGUGCAGUAUUACAAGUGGCUGGCUUCGCGCAGAUUCCCGACUUUCGCAUCUGCUACCGCUGAGACACCUUGGACAAACUUUCGGGAUCUCACUGGUGUCAAUAGGUAACCUUGGCGCGAGGCCGAGUUUCCGAGAGACUGCUAUCAAUUCGUUGUCCUCGACUCAAACACAUAAGGGAAUAUGGAGGCCUCGGCGCAACCAGUAGCGGAUGCGGGCGCGGCGCCGGAGAUUCGGAAGCAGAAGAAGAAGAAAGUGCUGUUGAUGGGGAAGAGUGGGUCGGGGAAGAGUUCUAUGAGGAGUAUCAUCUUCAGUAACUACGUUGCAAGGGAUACGAGGCGGUUGGGGGCGACGAUUGAUGUCGAUUUGAGCCAUGUCAAGUUUCUGGGGAACUUGACUUUGAAUCUGUGGGAUUGCGGAGGACAAGAUGCGUUCAUGGAGAACUACCUAUCUCAACAGCGUUCGCAUGUCUUUUCAAACGUCGGCGUUCUUAUAUAUGUCUUUGACAUCGAAUCUCGCGACUUCGAUCGAGACCUCCUAACCUACCGUUCCAUCAUCUCCGCCCUGUCACAAUUCUCACCUACCUCCUCCGUCUACAUUCUCAUUCACAAAAUGGACCUUGUCGCGCCCGCCCAGCGCGAGGCAUCAUAUAACGACCGGAUCGCGGCCAUCAGGACGAAGUCCGAUGUCUUUGAUCCUGUCCCAUUCGCGACCUCAAUCUGGGAUCAAUCGCUGUAUAAAGCAUGGGCUGAGAUUAUACACGAUUUGGUGCCCAACCUCUCCUCAAUCGAGCGGCAUCUCGCAACCCUCGGCACACUGAUCGAGGCCGAAGAAGUGCUUCUCUUCGAGCGCUCGUCCUUCCUCGUAGUUUCCCACUGGUGCUCCUCAAUCGGAUCAUCGAACCCAACUACCGACCGCUUCGAGCGGCUCUCUAACAUCAUUAAGAACUUCAAGCAAUCGACGUCCCGAUAUACGGGGACACCGAAGUCGGCGGAGCAGUUUGUGCUGUUGGAAUUGAAGCUGAGUCGCUUCUGUAUGUUUGUGGUCAAGUUCUCUACAAAUACAUAUCUGGCUGUUGUGCUGCCUCCAGGAGAGGAGCGAUUUAAUGCAGCGCUGGAGAAUGCUAUGCAGGCUAGGAAGGAGUUUGAGAGUCUAGAUAGUCCCGCGAGGAGAGGUCCGGAUCGUGGAGUUAGUGGACCGAGCGAAUGAAUACCUUUUCCAUUUUGAAUGAUCUGGAUGGAUUUGAGUGGUGGAAAGCAGAUAAUAUAUGAUUGAUACCCGAGAGAUUGAAAGCCUAACAAAAGUAAAG